AGGGAUUUUUAGCCAGUCAGUGAGUGUUAACAGCAGGGGGCUAACGCAGGCAUUUAACCAGCCGCCCUUGGCCAGAAUACCCCCUCAUUAAAUACCCAUCGUCUGCCCUUGUGGGGCCGGCAGUCGGCCUUGCAGCUGCGCUCCAGAACAGCCCUGGUGGGGAUUGCCAGGUUUUGGAGCACUCAAAAUCUACUCGCCUGGGCCCCCCAGGCUCUGGUGUGCAAGGGCAGUGUGGGGAGUGUCUUUCUGCAUCUCUGGGCACAAAAUACGUAUGUGCGCCCAACUGAUUUUUCUGUGGGUCAGCGGCUGCUCAUUGACAUCAGCUUCAGAUCAGAGACCAUUCCGAUAUUUUUAACAAUCUGGCAGUGAAAACAACACAGGAGUAAAUUAUGACUGAGGUCCCACGAAGUUAUGCAUUGUCAAGUAAUGCCCCAGCAGGCUCUGUGCCAGUGAGUCCAGCACAAAAGUCCACUGAAACAUGGAGCUGGAAUGCAGUAGGGUGUCAGCAGGAGGAAGCAGAGUGGGAAAACAUAAACAAGUUAUUAGUGCGACAUGGCUUAAAACCUGUGUGUCUUGCUAAACCAAGAAACAGCAGAAAUGUUUCAGAUAUGAUUGUUUUAGACAAGCACUCUUCACUGGGGAUAAGACUUGCAUUAAAAACACUAGUGGAAGACACUGAACGACAACAGAAAAUGAUGCAUGGGCUUAUGGAGGCUAAUCGCCAGCUUAGAGAUGAGGUACGCCAGGAGAGAGGUCGGGCAUGUCGACAGGAACAAAGAGCCAAAGAUUUGGAAAAUGUUGUGGAGAACAUCAAAUCCAAAAUUUGUCAACUGGAAGAUGAGUGUAUAGCUAAAGUUUGCCAACAACAGAAUCAAGUGAAAGAACUGCAGAAAGAUCAGCAAGCAUCACAGACAAAGUACCAACAACAAAAAGAAAAGUUGCAAGACCAGGAAGAGACUAUUGCACGUUUGCAGAAGGAGCUCCAUGAAGUUGGGAUGGAAGAGCAGCAGCGUGUUGCCACACAGAACAAAAUGUUCUGCCAGUUUUGCAAGCGAGCCCCAAAGUCUCUCUUGGAUCAACAAUUUCUUAGUCUGAUUGAUUAUUAUGAAUCUCAGAUUAAUCAAAUGAAAAAGGACCUAAGCAGAUAUAAAAAAGAUAUAGAUCAUGUACAAGGAGAAGGAAAAGGCAAAGAAGAAUUCUUGAAUCUAGACGCCACACCUAACUAUAGAGCACUGCUUACGUCUUUCCAGAAUCAGCUCACUGAGACAAAAGCCAGAAAUGAACAACUUAUUUGUGAAAAUACAGAUCUCAAGAAAGAUCUGGAAACAAGACCAACUGUACAGGAAUUAAAACUUUACAAGCAACAAGUAAAGAAACUGGAGAAAAUAUUGAAGAAAAAUAUCAAAUCACAUGGGAUUAUUUGCGGAGAAAAGAUAAAAGAAAAUGAAUCUGAGAGUUUCACAGGAGAAGAUAAGCUACAAGCAGGUUGCAGGAGAUACUUACAGGUGCUGUCCAGGAUUGAUUCUACUAUUAGUAGUCCAAGAGCUCCUUUGGUAAUAUAUAAGCGGAGUAAAGGACCAGUCCAAAAUUACAUGAAAGAGAAUGGACAAGAAUGUGGUUUUGAGCACCUUCCUCCUACAGUAGAAAUGUGGGCAGACCAGCUAAUGUCCCUAAAGGACUUACAUAGAUCCCUGAGAAAGCUAUCCCUGGAAUUGGUGCCCUGGCACACAAUAGACACAUGUAACAGUGAAUGCAUUCGUGUAGAAGACCUACAGUUCAUAGUAGAUACAAUUUUGGAAGAAGUAGAAAAUAAGGAGAAGAAUGGCCACAUGCCUUCUUUACAGACAUUAUAUGCAAUUGUGUGUCACUUCCAAAAAUUGUUUGAUGUGAAUUCUCUGAAUGGAGUUUAUCCACGAAUGAAUGAAGUUUACACAAAACUUGGAGAAAUGACCAAUGCUAUGAGAAACCUCCAUGAUCUUUUAGAACUAGAUCAUUCAGCCCCACCUGCUGUUUUGGUGAACACUGUUGGAAAGCUAUGUAGCGUAAUUAAUGAAAAUGUGACUGGACAGGUAGAGCAGCUGCUAGGAACCGAAGAAGACAUCCAAAGUAUUAUCAACAGACUGGAAGAACAUGAAGACUUCUUUCCUGUAUUUCAAGCACUUAUUCAAGAUUUACUUUGUGUUUUAGAAAUCAAUAAUGUGGAUGACAUUGUACCUACUGUGCAGAAUCUCAAACUGCUAGUUCGAUGAAGAUGUUAAUGUAACUCAGCUGUUGAAUCUCUCUAAUCCGGCACCCUUGGACCUGACUAGUGCUGAACUACAGGAUGUCAGUAGUGGCUAGCAGCAUUACCAACACUCCACUGCUUCCUGGGCUUUUAGACAGUUAAGGGUGAAUUAGAGUUAAACAACAGUAAACACCACAGAGCCAGGACUGGUUGCUGUAAACAAACUUUAUGGGACUUGCUGAUAAGGGAUGUUGCCAGACCAGAGAGUGCUGACUAGAGGUUCAACCUGUACUGGACUUGUGGCUGGCUGCUGUAAAAGUUUUUUGGGAUAUUGACAAUUAGGAUUCUGGGGAACAGGAUGUGGAAGUUCUGGAAUAUAGCCGGACUAGACUGUUAGAUAAUUGAAACGCGUUAGCUUUCAAAUGCAGAUUUAGUGGCAAGCCUGUUCUGGUAUUUUGAACCAGCUAUGCUACUGAGAGCUAGAUCUUGGCUCAGAGGUUGCAUUUGUUUCACAAGCAAGAUUAAAAUUGCCUUUUUAAAAUGGUUUAUUGUACAUUUUGAAAUUUUAAAAUAUACUAAAUUCCUGGAAGUAGUUUGCCUCAUACUUAAAGUCUGUUAUAAAAGUAAAGUGGACUGUGCAUUCUUAGCAAUAUUUACAAGACUUUAGAAAUAGUUAAGUACAAUAAUAAAUUCAACCUUAAGGCAUCAGAUAAAUCCCUGCUGAUAAUUUGGCACAGUCACCCUACUUUGGUGGCUUUUACGUGUGUGUGUGUAUAUAUAUAUAUCCAGGGCUCGACAGAUUAUACAAUCUACUCGCCUGUGGCGAGUAGAUUGUAUAAACCCGGAAGAGCUGGGUUUCGGUGAUCUGCGCCAGACAGCGCGGCUGGCGAGCCCUGUAUAUAUCCAUUUCCAGAUGGCAUCUAUAAUCUGCUUUAUAAAAAGCUCCUGAAUAGUUGAAUUGUAACAGUAGUAUUUAGACUAUUCUAAAUGGAUUGCAAUAGCUUCUCUUUGAGCUCUUUGUGUGAAGUGUUGAAGUCUGUUCUGCAACUGCCAUAGUUUUAAAGCAUUCUGUAGACAAGAGAUACAGACAGCAUAGAGAAGUGACAUCUAUCUUUUU